UUCUCAAUAAUCUCCGUCUUAUGCUAGGGUUUCAUUCACCUUCACAUUCCAUUCCUCAUUCACCUUCAACUCUGCAUUCUCCUUCCGUUUCAAUGAAGCAAGGUUUCAUCUGACUCCGAUUCCCUACUUUUUCCUUCCUCUUCUACUACCCCUCUUUCAUCAUUCGAUUACUGAGUAUAAUGAAUCCAAUCUUUGUCGUUCAUAACCUUCGCGUCUUUGGUCCCGGCUUGAAUCCCUUCGCACCUUAUUGUUUGGCAAAUCACUCCCUUCCCGCUCGCUAAUUCUCUUCCUUUAACUACCUUCACGCUUCUCUUUUCAGAAACCCUUUUUCUUGAAUUUCAGUUCUCAUUCAAAAUCAUGUAAAUUCGGAGUCUUUUUCAGAUUCCGUGUAUGUUUUUAGGGUUUUCAUUUUGACGGAGGAUUAUCGAUUUAGAUUAAUCUGAUUGUAUUAGAAUCCAAUUCAAUCCACGUUGGGAAUCUAGGGUUUGGGAUUUUCUUUUUUCAGUUUUUAUUAUUUUGAUUUUCAAAAUUGCUGUCUUUGCGUCGAUUGCUGUUAGAGAUAUGCUUCAGGAGCGGCCAAUUUCGUUGAGACGAAGCCCUUCGAGAAGGAGGUUGUUGAGGCCUGGGGUUGAUACUGAUGACAGAGGUUGGACCUCACUUCAUGUUUUUGCGCGGAAAGGUGAUAUCAAAUUGGUAAAAAAGCUUCUCAACGAAGGAAUGGACGUGAAUGUGACUGCAUGGGGCCCUAAAUCUAAAGGGGUGACCCCUCUCCACCUUGCUGCCGAAGGUGGUCACCUCGGAGUGAUGGAUGAACUUCUUGAGCGUGGUGCCAAUAUUGAUGCCCGAACUAAGGGUGCUUGUGGCUGGACGCCGCUCCACAUUGCAGCUAAAGAAAGGAGGAGGGAUGCCGUGAAAUUCUUGGUAGAGAAUGGAGCAUUCUUGCCACCUGAUAUCAAUGAUAGCAGAUUUAAUCCUCCUCUUCAUUACUGCCCAGGACUUGAAUGGGCCUAUGAGGAAAUGAAACGACUUCGACAGGAAGAAUUAUCUCCGGGAGAGACAUCUUGCAGCUCUGAAAGUUAGUUUGAUUUUCAGGGAUUCGCUUGAUGUGUGGCUCUCAUGCAUGAAUAAAUGUAGAACUGAAAUAAAAAAACUUAUUAUGCAUGAGUUGCAUGAAGUUUGGGAUGUGUUACUAUUUGAAUAUGUUGGAUGAAAACAACGUUAUAAGGUUAUUAAUGUGUCUAGUCAUUUGUUCAUGGUGUGUGCACAAGAUGCUUUAUUUCCAGGCCCAGCCGUGGGUACCAUUGUAAUGGAGUAUUGUUUUGUUACUGACAUCGUUGUUACAGUUGUCUAAUUUUAAGGCGUGUUUGCUUUUGAAUAAUUGGGAGAAGUUUUUCUGGA